AGGAUACAAGUUUUGAUUCGUUCUGACCACACACCAAAAUGGAAAGCAAGAAUACGCGAAAACAUGUCUUGCAUAAUCAACAAUGGAACUGUUUAUGAAAACGAUUUUCAGUGGAAGCUUUGUGAUCACGACAAGAAAUUUGUGUUUAUUGGUGGUACAACUGUUAAGGAAGUUGAAAUUCAGAACCUUCCUCCCAAAAGAUUUUUUUUCAAAGACUUUAAUGAUAUUCUUGGAGGAAAUUGUGAGAUGAACCGACUUGAAGAUAUCAUUGGUGUGGUUCAAGAAAUCAACAAUUUUCAAUACAACAAUUCUGGAAAAAAAUCAUUUGUUUCACUGAGUCUUAAAGACUUGAAAGGAGUCAUUGUUAACUGCACAUUAUGGGAGAGCUACGGAACAAAAUUUUUGGACUUCUACCACGACGAAAAAAACAGUGGUGCUAUUGUAAUAAUACUAACUCAUGCAAUGAUAAAGGAAUCACAAGUCUCAAAUGGUUGGAGUGGAUCUAAGUUGCUUAUUAACGAAGACAUUCCAGAGAUAACUGAGUAUUUAUCAAAGUUACCGUCAAAUGAGCAGACUGAAAAGCCUUCGCAGUCUUCGAAGGGAAUGUCUCUUUGGUCUGGUGCCUCUCAAUUCACCCCAGUCGAAAGUUUCGUUCAUAAGGCCAAGUGUAUUUCUCUCAGUGAACUUUGCAAGGUGAAACAGGACAUGUUAUGCGUUACUGUUGGAACAACUCAAAGAUUUUUUGUCUCAAAACACGGUUGGUUUUAUUAUGGGUGUACUAAAUGUUCUCUAAAGGCAUCUGAUGUGAACAAUCCAUACAAAUGUUCAUGUGGACAGAAUGUAGAACAUGCCAUACCGAGGUAUCGAGUUGACAUAUAUGUGGUUGAUGGUGAUUCCAAAUUUCGCUUUGUGUUUUGGGACUCUGACUGUGCCGACAUUAUUGGAAAGUCUGCUGAUAGUAUUUAUAAAGCAAUGCUUGAGGAAGGUGACGACGACCCAAUGAUAUAUCCAGAUGAUCUUGACAUGCUACUUGGUAAAAAGAUGGCGUUUAGGGCUAAAGUUCAGCCAACAUUUGGCCAAGCAUCUGUUUGGAAACUUUCCUAUGAUGAAGAGUUUGUAAAGGAAAUUGAGAAAGAUUAUAUUACUGAUGAAGGAGAUAGCAAAUCUUUAAACCAAAACCCAGUUGUUGAUCGUGUUGAUGAAUCCAUUGAGUCGUUGUCGGCAUAUGGAGAAAAUGAUCCUGAUAAACAAGUGACCAAUACUCCAUCCAAAGGAAGUCCUGUUUAUCUUGAUGCUGAAGAUUCCGAAUUACAAGCGUAUGGUACUACCCAGCUCUCAGGAACCAAGCCUGCAAAGAAAGUUAAGAUUGAAUCGGAUGCAUGAAGACUCCACCAGAACCACUUUAAUUUCCAUCAUUAUUGUUAUUUUGUGAUAUUUUCUUGACAGUUGUUUUAA